GGGAGAUAGGCGUGCCGUGAUAAAGGUGGGCACUGGGCAGAAGAUGUUUUGAGCAGUCUGUGUCCGAGAGAAGUUUUUAAGCCAGUAAAGAUGGAGAAUGAGACCAUCAGUGAACUGAACCAAACACAGCUUCAGCCACGAGCAGUGGUGUCCCUGGAGUACCAAGUGGUCACCAUCUCACUCGUGCUCGUUAUCUGUGGUCUGGGCAUCGUGGGCAACAUCAUGGUAGUCCUGGUGGUCUUGAGAACCAAGCACAUGAGGACGCCCACGAACUGCUACCUGGUGAGUCUGGCAGUAGCUGAUCUCAUGGUCCUGGUGGCUGCAGGCCUUCCCAACAUCACAGACAGCGUCUACGGCUCCUGGGUCUACGGCUAUGUCGGAUGCCUGUGUAUCACUUACCUGCAGUACUUGGGAAUUAAUGCAUCCUCUUGUUCAAUCACAGCCUUCACCAUUGAGAGGUACAUAGCGAUCUGCCAUCCCAUCAAAGCUCAGUUCCUCUGCACAUUUUCCAGAGCCAAAAAGAUCAUCAUCUUUGUCUGGGGUUUCACAUCCAUUUAUUGUAUGCUCUGGUUCUUUUUGCUGGAUCUCAAUAUUAGCACCUACAAAGAUGCUAUUGUGGUGUCCUGCGGCUACAAGAUCUCCCGGAAUUACUACUCACCUAUUUACCUAAUGGACUUUGGUGUCUUUUAUGUUGUGCCAAUGAUCCUGGCCACUGUCCUCUAUGGAUUCAUAGCUAGAAUCCUCUUCUUAAAUCCCAUUCCUUCAGAUCCUAAAGAAAACUCUAAGACGUGGAAAAAUGAGUCAACCCACCAGAACAAGAACUUGAAUUUAAAUACCUCUAAUAGAUGUUUCAACAGCACAGUCUCUUCAAGGAAGCAGGUCACCAAGAUGCUGGCAGUGGUGGUAAUUCUCUUUGCCCUUUUAUGGAUGCCCUACAGGACUCUUGUAGUUGUCAACUCAUUUCUUUCCAGCCCUUUCCAAGAAAAUUGGUUCUUGCUCUUCUGCAGAAUUUGCAUUUAUCUCAACAGUGCCAUCAACCCCGUGAUUUACAAUCUCAUGUCCCAGAAAUUCCGUGCAGCCUUCAGAAAGCUCUGCAACUGUAAGCAGAAGCCCAUAGAGAAACCAGCUAACUACAGCGUGGCCCUGAAUUACAGCGUCAUCAAGGAGUCAGACCAUUUCAGCACUGAGCUUGACGACAUCACUGUCACGGACACUUACUUGUCUGCUACGAAGGUGUCAUUUGAUGACACCUGCUUGGCUUCUGAAGUCACCUUUAGUCAAAGCUGACUCAUGAAUUAGAAGAAAAUGGACCACAAAGUAAGUAAGAAUCUGUGCAGUUCCCAACGAAAGAGAGGAAAUAGCCAAUACUUGUGGGUGAAGACAGAACAGAUACAAUCUUUGCCAAAGCUCUACAAAUCC